AAAACAAUACAGUCUCAUCUCAUCCCCAUUUGAUUUCACACUCAUGGUGAGGUCCAUUACCAAAGAGCUGUAAGACUUGUUUGCCAAGUGAAAUAGAGUAAAGCUCUCUCUCUCUCUCUCUCUCUCUCUCUCUCUUUUGUUCAAUCACAGCUUAAAGUAGCUAUAGUGUAGGCUAUAGCUUAAUAUACCUACCAGAGCAACAAACUCUAGAUUCUCUUUCUUCUUUUCCUUGAAAAAAAUAAAAAAGAAAGGAAAAGUUGCAAUCUUUUGAAAAAUAAGAAAUGUCAGAUUAUCCGAGUAGUUAAUUUCUUCAGAAUUGGUUUAGUAUAAUUGAAUUUAUUACAGAGAGAGAGAGAGGAGUGAGAGGAGUUGAGUAAGAGUUGGGAGUGAUGGGUGGGGUGACUUCAUCCAUGGCGGCCAAGUUUGCCUUUUUUCCACCAAACCCACCUUCCUACAAGUUGGUCACCGAUGACCGUACUGGUCUCUUGCUUCUGAGUCCUUAUCCUCACCGUGAAAACGUUGAGGUUCUCAAAUUGCCCACUCGCCGUGGCACUGAGAUAGUCGCCAUCUACAUUCGUCACCCCAUGGCCACAUCAACUCUUCUCUACUCUCAUGGCAACGCCGCCGAUCUGGGUCAGAUGUAUGAGCUCUUCAUCGAAUUAAGCAUCCAUUUGAGAGUUAAUCUCAUGGGGUAUGACUAUUCUGGAUAUGGGCAAUCAUCUGGCAAGCCAAGUGAACAGAAUACAUAUGCUGAUAUUGAAGCUGCAUACAAGUGUCUUGAAGAGAGCUAUGGUACUAGGCAAGAAGAUGUGAUCCUUUAUGGCCAAUCUGUUGGAAGUGGCCCAACUUUGGACCUUGCAGCUAAGCUGCCUCAGUUAAGAGCUGUUGUUCUUCAUAGUCCAAUAUUAUCUGGUUUAAGAGUCAUGUAUCCUGUAAAGCGUACAUACUGGUUUGACAUAUAUAAGAAUAUUGACAAAAUCCCACUUGUUAACUGCCCUGUUCUUAUCAUUCAUGGAACCUCAGAUGAAGUUGUUGAUUGUUCCCAUGGCAAACAGCUCUGGGAAUUGUGUAAAGAAAAAUAUGAACCUUUAUGGCUCAAGGGGGGAAACCAUUGUAAUUUAGAACAAUACCCUGAGUAUAUCAGGCAUCUCAAAAAGUUUAUAUCAACUGUUGAGAAAUCUCCUUCGCAGAGAUACAGUUCUAGGAGAAGCACAGACCAGUACGAGCAGCCUCGAAAGAGUACAGAUAUAUUAUUUGAAGUUUCAAGGAAGAGUACUGAUCGAAGAGAAAAGCCGAGGCAUAGUACAGACAGGGCUGAGAAACUGAAAAACCAAUUCAGUAAUGUUGAUAAACUAGAAAAAUUAAGGAUUUCUUUUGACCAUAUGGAAAGGUCUCGGAGAAGUGUGGAUUGCCACGAGAAGUCCCGGAAAAGUAUUGACCACCAAUUGGAGAGAGGAAGAAAGAGUGUUGAUCGAUUGGAUAGAAUAAGAACAGGGUAAUAAUUCUUCUUAUAAUAAGUAUAUGUAUAAUUCAAAUCAAAUCUCAGCUUUGGUAUUGUGGGGAAAAAUUAUUUGGUCUAUCUUUCAUCUGAUGAUGAUGUAAUGGUCUUUCCUGCUGUGUAAUUUGGCUUGUGGCAGUUAUAUAAUAACAAUAUGGUAUUAUAUGAGAAAA